CACAGUCUUCGCAUACACUUUCUUCCAAACGAAACAUAUUUCAUUCGUUCGGUGCAAUAUUGAGAAACAUAAAUCGCUUUUUGCGAUCACCGUUUUUUUUUAUUGAAAAAAAUAUACUAAUUUGUUUUGUGUCUAGAAAUUGUACAUUUGUUUUUUUUUUUUUAAUUAAAUAUGAAAGUUUUGAUUUUAGCAACAGUCUGUUUGGCGGCUUGUGCUGUAGCUCAACAUCAUCAACAUCAACAACAAUCCGAGCAGCUCAGAUUUGAUACGAGCAGCACAACCACAUGGAUCCCGAUUUUAGCCUAUAACAAAGAACAAGGUCAAGACGGUAGCUACAAAGCAUCAUACAAAACCGGUAAUAAUAUCGAUGCACAGGAAACAGGAUUUUUAAAAGACAUCAACGAGCAACAUCCAAAUGGUAUUCUCGUUCAACAUGGCGAAUACCAAUACGAAGCGCCCAACGGUGAAGUUGUGAAAGUUCAAUACACUGCCGACGAGCAUGGUUUUCGAGCAAUAGGUGACCAUAUACCUACAGCACCUCCAAUACCACUUGAAAUUCAAAAAGGUUUGGAGCAAAUUUUCGAUGGUAUCAAAAAGAAUGCUGAACUCAAUGCCCAACGUGCCAAGUCAGACCCCGAAUUCGCUAAGAAACAAGAGGCUCGUGCUCAAGCCGACUAUUACGGACACUAUGUCCCAUCGAAGUAAACAUAUAUAGCAUUAUUACUCGAUUGUUGUCCAAUCAACAACAAAAAAAUACUCUCUUUUCCUCUCUAUUCUCUUCCUUUUUUCUAUAUUUCCAUUUCACAUUUUCCAUUCGGCUUUUCGUUUCAGGCAAAAAUC